AUGGCCGGUGUCACGGAGGCUUCAGCUACACAGAGUGCAUGGCUCGAAGAGCUUGCAGAUGUCGACCUCGAGUGGGACAACAUAUCGCUGCCAAGCACUCCAAAGCAUCCGACACCUGGUACCGUCGCAUUGUCUUCUUCAACCGAAGAUGUUGCAUCACUGCCACAUGGCUUUUCAAAUGCCAUCUCCCGUCCGGUCCUGUCAUCUUCAACAGACGACGACUUCUUUUGUGAUACAACUGAUUUCGAAACCUUCCUUCGCGAAACAGAAGGCGUCGACUUCUCUAGCACGGCAUCGACUUUAACUCUAGCUUCCACACCCGCCGACUCAUGCGUUCGCCCGGGAUCAUCUUCAUCUGACCCUUCCACUACUCAGACUCCUAAGCGAAUCAUCCGGGGCACCUUUCCUCCAGCCUUAAAAUCGAACUCGCCAAUCCCGGGCCUCACAUCCUCGAUCUACCUCCGCACACUGUUUUGUCUCGGAGAAGCCUUGAACGUAGGAUGCCAAGCCGCUCGCGACAAUCAGGACAUCAUACUUGAGUUCUAUUGUCGUGUUAUGUCCUCUUACCGCGAAGACAACACACAGCAUUUCGUGCUUGCUGAUCUCACUCAUGACAACCCGCCUUUCAUCAAUGCCGUAUUUGCGUCUUAG